ACAGGCAGUUUUCAGGACGCCCUGGCCGACAGCUAACGUUUGAGGACCCCGAACUAGCAUGUCCGCCCGUCUGACAACACAAGCUAACAGGGCGACCGACAGUCAAGCACUGCGAACAGAAAUCAAAAAACUACAGAGUUAAACACUAAAGCGAGGAAAGUUAAAAUGGCGGAAGUUAAAGUGAAAAAGGAGACGAACCUUUCGGAACCCGCGGAGAUUGAGAACAGGAUCAAAGAGCUGUGUCAGCAGUUUCCUCAUGGCAUCACAGACCAGGUGAUUCAGAACGACAUGCCUCACCUGGAGCCUCAGCAGAGAGCCAUGGCCAUCAACAAGCUGCUGUCACUGGGUCAGCUGGACCUGCUGAGGAACAGCUCAGGCCUCCUGUACAGGAUGAAGGACACACAGAGCGCCAGUAAGAUGAAAGGUUCAGACAACCAGGAGAAGCUGGUUUAUCAGAUCAUCGAGGAUGCGGGAAACAAAGGGAUCUGGAGCAGAGAUAUCCGCUUUAAGAGCAACCUUCCUCUGACAGAGAUCAACAAGAUCCUGAAGAACCUGGAGAGCAAGAAACUCAUCAAAGCCGUCAAAUCCGUUGCUGCGUCUAAGAAGAAGGUGUACAUGUUGUACAACCUGCAGCCGGACCGCUCGGUGACAGGUGGGGCCUGGUACAGCGACCAGGACUUCGAGUCAGAGUUUGUCGAAGUUCUAAACCAGCAGUGCUUCAAGUUCCUGCAGAGCAAGGCUGAGGCAGCGAGGGACAGCAAACAGAGUCCCAUGGUUCAGAGGAACAGCUCCUUCGCCACCUCGCAUGAAGUCUGGAAGUACAUCUGUGAGCUGGGAAUCAGCAAGGUGGAUCUGUCUAUGGACGACAUCGAGACCAUCCUAAACACGCUCAUCUACGACGGGAAGGUGGAGAUGACCAUCAUCGCCGCCAAGGAAGGCACGGUGGGCAGCGUAGACGGACAGAUGAAGCUUUACCGCGGCGUCAACCCCGUCCUCCAGCCCACGGGCCUCGUCAGGACGCCCUGCGGACUCUGCCCGGUGUUUGACGACUGUCACGAAGGAGGAGAAAUCUCGCCAUCCAACUGCAUCUACAUGACGGAGUGGUUGGACUUCUGACGGCUGCCCGUCUCUCGUCUCCUUCUCUGUGAUGAAGUCUUUAUUUUCCCAGCGAUCUGUGAUGCCCGUCGUUUAUGUUCUAUUUAUCACAAAGAUAAUAAAAAGGACUUGUGAAACGUGUUGCUGGUUGCUUCGAAUCAGCUCUGGACACGGCUGAUCAGAGUCCUUCACGUCUUCAGUGUCCACUAAACUUU